GCAGCCAUGAGGUUCCCUACCGUCACAGCUCACAGUAAGGAGUUGGCCACAUCUCAACAACUAAAGGCAUGCAGGGAGCAGCUUCUUACAAGAGAAGCGGAAAUCGCGGAGCUGAAAGCCGAAAGGAACAACACCAGGCUGCUGCUGGAACACCUGGAGAUCCUGGUUUCCCGGUAUGUGCCGUCCCUCGGGAUGACGGCGAGCCCGCAGCAGGCGCAGUCCCCAGCCAGCAUGACCAGCGAGGUGGAGCUGCUCAGGGCGCUGAGAUUGCUCUUUGAGCACCACAAGGCCCUGGACGAGAAGUUGAGAGAGCAACUGCGACACGCUCUCGAAAGGUGUAGUUCCUUAGAAGAGGAAUUAAGGACCGCACACAAACAGGUGCAGAGCCAGAGGGAGCAGGACUGGGAGUCCGCGCAGCAGGCCCGCGUGGUGGCCACCGUGGCCCAGGCCUUCGAGAGUGACGAGGAUGUGUCUGACGGCGAGGGCGACAGGGUCACCCUCCUCAGCUUGGCCGGUCAGCUACCGCCCAGUGGGCAGGCCGAUGGCGACACUCUGCCUGUGAUGAUUCAGGAGCUACUGGAUGCCAUCAACGAGGAGAUCUGCACGGAGCGCUCGCCGCCCCAAAGCAGGCGGCACAGCCUGGCGUGCGAGGGAGACUGGCUGGGCGUCAUGACUCCGGUGCAGAGCCAGAGGGAGCAGGACUGGGAGUCUGCGCAGCAGGCCAGCGUGGAGGCAACCGUUGCCCAGGCCUUCGAGAGUGACGAGGAUGUGUCUGACGGCAAGGGCGACGGAGUCACCCUCCUCAGCUCGGCCGAUCAGCUGCCGCCCAGUGGGCAGGCCGAUGCCGACUCUCCGCCUGUGAUGCUUCAUGAGCAGCUGGAUGCCAUCAGUGAAGAGAUCCGGUGGAUCCGGGAGGAGAAGGAGAGCACGGAGCAGCGGGCCGAGGAGCCUGAGAGCAGGGCGGGCGGGGCGCGCUUAGGCAGCCUUCGGCGUUUUAAGUCCCUGAGCUCCCUCAGCCUGUGUCCUGCCUCCUCACUUGCCGGCUCCUGCCCGCCCAGCAGGGGGCGCUCCCCACCCCGAGGGAGGCAGCACAGCCCGGAGCUCCAGGGAGACUGGCUGGACGUCCUGACUCCGGUGCAGAGCCAGAGGGAGCAGGACUGGGAGUCCGCGCAGCAGGCCAGCGUGGAGGCAACCGUUGCCCAGGCCUUCGAGAGUGACGAGGAUGUGUCUGACGGCAAGGGCGACGGAGUCACCCUCCUCAGCUCGGCCGAUCAGCUGCCGCCCAGUGGGCAGGCCGAUGCCGACUCUCCGCCUGUGAUGCUUCAUGAGCAGCUGGAUGCCAUCAGUGAAGAGAUCCGGUGGAUCCGGGAGGAGAAGGAGAGCGCGGAGCAGCGGGCCGAGGAGACUGAGAGCAGGGCGCGCUGGGCAUGCUUAGGCAGCCUUUGGUGUUUUAAGUCCCUGAACUCCGACAACCUGUGUCCUGCCUCCUCACUUGCCGGCUCCUGCCCACCCAGCAGGGAGCGCUCCCCGCCCCGAAGGAGGCAGCACAGCCCGGAGCUCCAGGGAGACCGGCUGGGCUUCAUGACUCUUCUGCCUGCUUUAAUGGAAGAGGAAGAAGACGACGAGACCACCAUCAAAGGUGAAACCUCGAGCCCUACCUCGCCACGGUCCCUUCGGCUGGACCGGCUGCACACGGGGGCGCUGCGCGCGGCCGGCCCCGAGGACGUCAGGGACACCCGCAACUCGACCGGCUCUCAGGACAGCCCCGGGGGCAACCCCAGCAGCAGCACCAUCAGCCAGGACUCGCUGCAGAAAGCUGCGAAGAAGAAGGGCAUCAGGUCCUGCAUCGGCCGCUUGUUUGGCAAGAAGUAAAAGGGCCGGCCUGCUCCCGGCAGGGAGGCCUUAGGACCAGGAGCGGAGGAGGCAUCCGUCUUCUCGACCCCAGCUGCUGCUGCUCCGCAGGUGAUUCCUACAGAUGCACCUCCUGCAAGAGCUGUUGUCCUGCUGCUCGGGGGCUGCCUGAGUGUGCUCAGGAGGAUCAGACAAGUGGGGCUGCCAUGCCUGAUUCUGCGGGAGGGCCUGACGCUGGGGGAGGGCCUGACGCUGGGGGAGGGUCUGACGCUGGACUAG